GACUUCAUUUAAAGAAACCCACGGACCAUUAAUGGACAAAAACAUGAAUCAGAUUGUAUUUUGGCAUUCAAAUCCUAGCACUUGGGGAAAGCAUCCAGUACAAGUUUUUGAAGACCCUGGGGCCUACCAUGGUUACGCAUUCAAGAUUUGAGUUUGAAUAACUUCAUCAAGACUUAGAUCCUCUUCAAAAGCCUCAAGUCUCAUCUGUAUUAAGCUCUCCUUUGAACCCUCUCACAAAAAUAAAAGCUUAAAGGGACUAAAAUCCAUUAAUACAUUCCAUUUUAUAUCCUUUUCUCUGAUUUCAAUUUCCUUGGCCUUUAAGGUCUUUCAUAUUGCUUAUGUUCCUUUAGACUACAGCCAAGGAAUCAGUGCUUUCCAAAAGAAUGUAUGUCCUGUGGCCAUAAGUUUUCUUGGUAGAGAAACGUAAACUUGGCAUGAUAUUUGGUUUGCUUCUACCUCUUGGCUACUGUGAAUAAUGCUGCUAUGAACAUGAGUAUGCGGAUAACUCCUUGAGGUUCUGCUUUCAGUUUUUUUGGAUAAACCUAGAAGUGGGAUUGCUGGAUCAUAUGAGUGAAGAAAACCCUUCUGCCAAAAGAGCUGUAAUCACUCCUCACCCCAUAAUGACUGGUCAGCCAGCCAACUGUUGCAGUUAUUACCACCGGUAGGAUUCUGGGAUAGUGUCACAUUAGAUUGAAAUUUGCCAUAAUAAGAGGAAUAAAGAGUGACUGAAGUGCAUGCCACCAACCCGUGGAAGAUUAGCUGGAGAUGGACAUGAGCCCCCUGAGGCCCCAGAACUAUCUUCUCGGUUGUGAACCAAAGACUGACAAAGAUUAUCACUUUAAGGUGGAUAAUGAUGAAAAUGAGCACCAGUUAUCUUCAGUUUAGGGGCUGGCGCAAAGGAUGAAUUGCACACUGUUGAAGCAGAGGCAAUGAAUUAUGAAGGCAGUCCAAUCAAAGUAACACUGGCAACUUCAAAAAUGUCUGUACAGCCAACGGUUUCCCUUGGGGGCUUUGAAAUAACACCACCUGUGGUCUUACAGUUGAAGUGUGGUUCAGGUCCUGUGCAUAUUAGCGGACAGCACUUAGUAGCUGUGGAGGAAGAUGCAGACUCAGAAGAUGAAGAGGAGGGGGAUGUGACACUCCUAAGUAGGUCUGGAAAGCGUGCUGCCCCUGGAAGUGGUAGCAAGGUUCCACAGAAAAAAGUAAAACUUGCUGCUGAUGAAGAUGAAGAUGAUGAUGAUGAUGAUGACGACGAUGCUGAGGAAGCUGAAGAAGAAGCUCCAGUAAAGAAAUCUGUACGAGAUACUCCAGCCAAAAAUGCACAGAAAUCAAACCAGAAUGGAAAAGACCCAAAACCAUCAAUAACAAGAUCAAAAUGUCAAGAAUCCUUCAAAAAACAGGAAAAAACUCCUAAAACACCAAAAAGACCUAACUCUGUAGAAGACAUUAAAGCAAAAAUGAAAGCAACUAUAGGAAAAGGUGGUCCCCUUCCCAAAGUGGAAGCCAAGUUCAUCAAUAAUGUGAAGAACUGUUUCCAGAUGACUGACCAGGAGGCUAUUCAAGAUCUCUGGUAGUGGAGGAAGUCUCUCUAAGAAAAUAAUUUAAACAGUUUGUUAAAAUUUUCCAUCUUAUUUCAUUUCUGUAGCGGUUGAUAUCUGGCUGUCCUUUUUAUAAUGCAGAGUGAGAACUUUCCCCGCCACGUCUGAUAAAUAUUGUCCAGGUUCCAUUGCCAAGAAUGUGUUGUCCAAAAUGCCUGUUUAGUUUUUAGAGACGAAACUCCACCCUUUGCUUGGUUUUAAGUAUGUAUGGAAUGUUAUGAUAGGACAUAGUAGUAGUGGUGGUCAGACAAAUGGAAAUGGUGGGGAGACAAAUAUAUACAUGUGAAAUAAACCAGUAUUUUA